AUCCCUUAUCAAUUAUAAUUUUGAAUUAUCAUCAGAUAUAGAAUUUCAACGUGCUAUAUAAAUCGUAAUUUCCACUAGAUUUUUCAAAUUGUAUACAGACAAUCGUACAAUAAUGCUCAUCAAGUGUCUAUUGGCUACAAUUCUCGUAAUCCAGGCCUGUUUGGCCAACCCCUUGGAACCCCGUAUCACGGAUGGCGUCCCCGCCGCUCGUGGUGAAUUCCCAUACCAAGUUUCUAUCCAAUGGGGAAUCCCACCCUUAACUGAAUACAGCCACUCGUGUGGUGGAUCCAUCUUGAACGAAAGAUACGUUCUCACCGCUGGACACUGUGUUAUGAAAGUUGGAAAAACUAGAGUCAUUGCCGGCAAAUAUGAGCUGAACAAGGUUGAAUCUUCUCAACAAGUCGUUGACGUGCAGAGGAGCAUCGUUCACAAAGGGUACAAAGGUGGCGUUGCGCAACACGACAUCGCUCUUCUCGUCCUGAGCUCCCCCUUGAAAUUCAACAACUUGGUACAACCUAUUACCCUGCCCAAACAAGGAGAGAAACAAACUGGACAAGCUGUUCUCUCUGGAUGGGGAUCAACCUCUAAAACAGUAAAACCAACUUUACCAAACAUCCUUCAAAAGGCUAAUGUACCUAUCCUGGAUAACGCUGAAUGCUUGAAAGAACUCACUUCCCAACCCGUUGUUGGAAACCAACCUGAAUUGUUCGACACUCAAGUCUGCAGUGGUAUCGCUGGCAAAGAGGUGUCCGCCUGUUCCGGUGACUCUGGCGGCCCACUCGCCCAAAAGGUGGGCCAAAAAUCUGUACAAGUUGGUAUCGUUUCAUGGGGUAUGAUGCCCUGUGGAUCAUCCCACAUGCCCUCUGUAUAUACUCGUGUGGCCUCCUACGUAAACUGGAUCCAUGAAAAUAUGUCUAUUAUCAAAAUGUCACUCAAACUGAUUAUUUAUAUUACCUUUCUCGUGACGAUCGCCUCUGCAAAGCCCUAUCGUAGCUUCAGAAUACCGUUAUUGGAGACUCGCAUAGUCGGAGGAAACGAGGCUAGACAAGGGCAAUACCCAUGGCAAGUUUCUUUGCAAUGGGGAUGGUUGUCCGUUUCCUCUCAUUUCUGCGGUGGUUCCAUUUUAUCCGACCGAUGGAUAAUCACGGCUGGACACUGUGCCAAGGCUGUUCCGAGCUACGGUGAUUUCAUAGUCAAAGCCGGAAAGCACGACUUGAAAGUAGUAGAAAGCACCGAGCAAAGUAUCGCGGUCGAGAGAACAUUCGUGCACAAUAAAUACACAGGAAACGUGGCUCCCUACGAUAUUGCGCUACUGAAACUGAAGAAACCUUUGAAAUUGGGUGGUGCUGUUCAAGCGAUUAAUCUUCCAAGUAUUCCAUCGAGCACACCAACCGGAAACGCGACUUUGACUGGUUGGGGAUCGAUGUCGAGGACCGAUACCCCUUUAAUGCCCAACAAACUUCAAACCAUCGAUUUGCCGUUAAUCAAUCUGAAUAUUUGCAAACAAGCCAUAGAAGAACUUACUGGUCCAUCACCAUUGCACGAAACUAACAUUUGUACUGGACCGCUCACCGGUGGUUUCUCCGCGUGUAACGGCGAUUCUGGCGGCCCACUGGCUGUUAACGCGACUGGAAAAGCCGAACUCAUUGGAAUCGUUUCUUGGGGAAUCUUCCCAUGUGGAACCGUCGGUGCACCAUCUGUAUACACCAACAUUUCUUUCUUCGUCACUUGGAUUGGAAACAUCAUGGCGAGAAAUUAAAUAAUUUAAUUCUUAAUAAUCUUUAUUAAUUAAAGUGUUU